AUGUAUAAUGCUCGGUCAUUACCUCAUACUUUAAAAACUUUUCUACAAUUCAGUCCUACAAGGAAUUUUUCAAUAUCGUUGAAUUCCGGACUUAAAGUUCCAAACACAAAAAAUGCCAUUUCUAAAUAUUUCCUAUCGCGACAAAACAGGAAAAUUCAAACUCUUGAUUUUUGUGGGGUGAAAGAAAAAAUACAUGAAAGUUCAGAUUGGCCAAAAGAAAAGUAUCAAAAGUUUUUCAAAAACGAUACUAUUGCUAUGAUUGGUUAUGGAUCUCAAGGAAGUGGGCAAAGUUUGAAUGUAAGGGAUAAUGGAUUAAAUGUGAUUGUUGGUGUGAGGGAAGGAGGCAGAAGUUGGAAUGAAGCCAUGAAAGAUGGUUGGACACCUGGAAAGGAUCUUUUUUCAAUUAAUGAUGCUCUCGCAAGAGGAAAUAUUAUUAACAAUCUCCUUUCUGAUGCAGCCCAAAAAGAGCUUUGGCCCCAAUUCAUCAAGCAUUUGACAAAGGGAAAGACUUUAUGCUUUUGUCAUGGGUUUUCAAUAGUUUUUAAAGAGUAUACAAAUGUCAUCCCGCCAACAGAUAUCGAUGUAAUCAUGGUAGCGCCAAAAGGUUCUGGAAAAACUCUUCGUUCACAUUUUCUUAAUGGUCGUGGGAUGAAUUCAUCUAUUGCUAUAUUCCAAGAUGUAACAGGUAAUGCUACAGACAAGGCAGUAGCACUUGGUAUAGCUAUCGGUUCUGCAUACUUGUACGAAACCACUUUUCAAAGAGAGGUUUUUGCUGAUCUUGUCGGAGAACGAGGUGUACUUUUGGGCGCGAUCCAAGGUUUAUUUCUUGCUCAAUAUGAGGUGUUGCGAGCUCAUGGACAUCCUCCUUCUGAAGCUUUCAAUGAAACUGUUGAAGAGGCUACCCAAUCUCUGUAUCCCUUAAUUGGUCAAAAUGGCAUGGACUGGAUGUAUGAUGCCUGUUCGACGACAGCGCGACGUGGUGCACUCGAUUGGUAUAAACAUUUUCACGAUGCCAUCAAACCGGUCUUUGAGAAAUUGUACUCUGCUGUUGCUAAUGGAUCUGAAACACGCCGAGUGUUAGAAAAGAACUCUUCACCUACGUAUGCAGAAGAUUUAGAAGAAGAAUUAAAAGAAAUUAGAGAAAGCGAAAUUUGGAAGACUGGUAGGAUUGUACGAGAACUUCGUCCUGAAAGAAAAAAGUGA